AUGCUGCUGCGGCUGUCUACAUUCUCCAACCCAACGUUCAGGUCCGCGAUCCGCAAAGGCGCACAGUAUUCAGGGUCAUUCCAAGAUGUCGGGAGAGAAUGCCAUUGCCGGCCAACCACAUGCACCGUCCCCUCAGCCCCUGCACAAGCCAAAACCAAGCAGGACGAGGAGCACGUCUAUGGGCUCACGCUUAGUCUGACGCCUUCCAUCUCAAUUCCGCUCGGGCAGAUGCGAGAAGCGUAUUUCCCAAAACACUUGAAUCGAACGCCGGUCCAUCUUACGCUGUUCCAUGCGCUUCCGCAUUCGCGAAUCGAUAUCAUCGACGCCGAUCUGGACUCGGUGUCAUCAUGUACAAGGCCUUUCAGCGUCUCGACUGGCAGACCGCUUCAUAUGCGCCGAGGGAUCGCAAUCGGUUUAGGCGUGGGAGAGGAGGAGUCGCAGAAGGUACGGGAUCAGCUCAGGAGACGGUGGCUACCCUGGCUCAGCGACCAGGAUAGCAGCGGAUGGCAGCCUCAUUGGACGUUGAUGAAUAAGGUUGACGAACAAAAGAAGGUCGAGCAGGCAUUCGAUACGGUCAGGCGAAUCCUUUUCGAUAACGUCCACGAGGGAAGGGCAGUUGGCCUGGAUCUCUGGAGAUACGACAACGGCGGUUGGGAAUGGUUCAAAGACUACCAGUUUCCGGAGAAGGGGAAGGCCCCAGCCAAGAGAGAGGAAUCAGCAAUCAUUCUCGUCGGAGGCUUUGGAACCCGUUUGCGGCCUCUCACCCUCACCUACCCGAAGCCGCUCGUCGAGUUCGCGAACAAGCCGAUGAUCCAGCACCAGAUCGAGGCCCUGGCCGCCGCAGGUGUCACCGACAUUGUGCUGGCCGUCAACUACAGGCCCGAGAUCAUGACCGAGGCUCUGAAGACUUAUGAGAAGCAGUACAACGUCAACAUCGAGUUCUCCGUCGAGACCGAGCCCCUCGGCACAGCGGGCCCGCUCAAGCUUGCCGAGGCCAUCCUAGGCAAGGACGACUCCCCCUUCUUCGUCCUCAACUCGGACGUCACCUGCGAAUACCCCUUCAAGAAGCUUGUCGAAUUCCACAAGCAGCAUGGCGACGAGGGCACAAUUGUGGUCACCAAGGUGGAGGAGCCGUCCAAGUACGGUGUCGUGGUGCACAAGCCCAACCACCCCUCCAGGAUAGACCGCUUCGUCGAGAAGCCCGUGGAGUUCGUCGGCAACCGCAUUAAUGCCGGUAUCUACCUCCUCAAUCCUACCGUACUCAAGCGCAUUGAGCUCCGGCCUACGUCGAUCGAGCAGGAGACCUUCCCCGCCAUCUGCAAGGACGGCCAGCUGCAUUCAUUCGAUCUCGAGGGCUUUUGGAUGGACGUGGGACAACCCAAGGACUUCCUCUCUGGAACCUGUCUCUACCUAUCGUCAUUGACCCGCAAGAACUCGAAGCUACUGACACCGGCCUCGCAGUCUUACGUCCACGGAGGCAAUGUGCUGGUCGACCCUACUGCUAAGAUUGGCAAAGGCUGCCGGAUUGGACCCAACGUAACCAUUGGGCCGAACGUGGUUAUUGGCGACGGCGUCAGGCUUCAGCGAUGUGUCCUGCUCAAGAAUAGCCGGGUCAAGGACCAUGCUUGGAUCAAGUCAACUAUAGUAGGCUGGAACAGCACCGUGGGCAAAUGGGCCCGGUUGGAGAAUGUGACCGUCUUGGGCGACGACGUGUCCAUUGGCGACGAGGUGUACGUGAACGGUGGUUCCAUCUUGCCCCACAAGUCCAUCAAGUCGAACAUCGACAGUAAGCUUAUCGUGACUCCAUCUUAUUCCAUAAUCAGCUAA